CGCCGACCCAAUUGCCACCUAUUGCUAGGGAACAACAGACUGUGAACUGGUACUGUAACUCAUGCACCUGUUGCAUUAUAGCCUGACGAGGCUGGGCCCCAAUCGGCAAAACGGGGACGCAGAACUCAAGGCGCGUACUGCUGUUGUCCUCGUAUGGGGACUUCAUCUUAAAAAAAGCGAUGCAUGCAUUUUAAACACCCUUCAAGUCUGCUAUGAGCACGCGCGACGCGGUGGAUGGGAUGUUCCUGCCGUUGCCGUUUCGCCUGUUUUCCCUGGUGCCUUCAGCUUGUGGCUACGUGUUGUAGUUGCGCUGAUGCAAAUUUUUCAUGGAUUUGAACUUUUACGUCCAGCGUCUUCGGUUGACGUGACACUUGACAUCCUGCGUUUUCGCCCUGUCACUUCGUUUUCGCACAACAAGACUGUGUUGUACCACUCUGCCGCAACUUGUUAAAACACUUACACGUGUCAGUGUGUGUGUAUACGUGAUUCAGUAUUUUAUCCGCACAGGAGUCGGCUGCGGUUUGGUGGCAUGAAAAAUUGUGUUAUGAACAAAGACGGGGACGUGCACUGUUUUUGUUCGUGUGUCCCUGAGUUGUGGCACCUGUGUUCAAGACAACAUGGGUUGCUUCAAGACCCCGUUGGUGUGAACAUGCGUGUUGUGUCCGUUCAUGUCUGCUUUAUGCAUAUGUCAUUUCAUCUCUCUUAUCUUUGUUCAAUUGCAAAUUGAAAUUCACCGUAACAAGUGUGCAGUUGCCGGGUCUCUUACUGCUGCACUGAGUACCCACGCCACAAUGCGACAUCGCCACUGAGGCCCUAAACACGUGGGAAAGAACAUUCACCUCCGAUGGACUUGCUUUAAACCGUAACACAUUUCCAGAGUUUCUGAUUGGCUCCGACUCAUCAGUACCUCAGUGUUCUCCGAUCGAUAUGGCUGUCUCAGCGCUGUCGUACGGGUACUGCGGCACGUUUGCAUCCCGAUUUGCAGCUGAGGCGUUCUCCUCCUUCCCUAUCCGUCAUGGUGGCAUUCCGCGACCCGAUGAGAACAGUCCAGCUGACGAUGUUAUCGCACCUGGCGAUACUACACGGUCUAGCAGUACUGGCAGACCUAAGGAACGAAGAACGUUGUGGAUGGGGGACCUUGACCGCGCUGAGCUACCGGUUGACGAAGCCUAUGUCCGGAACGACAUGUUUCUCGAAUUCAAUGCGUUUAUUACACACGUUCGAGUCUGCAGAGACAGGAUAACACGACUGCCGUCGUUCGGGUUUGUUGAAUUCGCUACGGAGAAGCAUGCGAGUUACAUUUUAGAGCAUAUGAAUGGUCGAUUUGUCCCUGGCCGAUGCCAUAAGUACAAGUUGAACUGGGCAAACUUCAACCUAACAGAAAAGCCUGAGACGAGAGCAACCUUCUCAAGACCUCCAGAGCUCAGCCGCAACUCGGGGGAGACUGCGUCCAGGUCUUCCAAUGCAGCGGGAAGGCGCAUCAGCGACAGCUCUUGUCGCCAGUCUCAAGGGAGUCCACCGCCGGACAGCACGUCUAUCUGGAUUGGCAGCUUAGAUCCUGCAACCAGCCGCGAAGAAAUCGAGGAACUCUUCGAUCAGCAUUACAAUACCGUUUGCUUUGUGAAGCUUAUUACGGAUCCCAACACAGGCACUGGCCGUGGAUUCGGGUUUGUGCACUUUCGCGACCCCGACGAAGCAGAUCGCGCGCUGGCAGAAAUGAAUGGUGCCAUCUGCCGAGGUCGCCGAAUCCGUGUAAACAGGUCAAACAACAGUAGAGCAUCAUCAGCCCAAGGUACAUUUCACGACCCUUCAGUUCAGUCUGCAAUGGCGAAACUAUAUGCUGCCACUGCCUACCAGGCACAGAAAAUCGCUCAAGACUAUUGCGGUGGUUUUGUGCCAACAAAGAGAAAACGUGGUGUCCUGGCAGGAGGCGCAACAGCGAAGGUUGUGGUUAGAGGUCUGGAUCCGGUUUGCACUGAGGAAGAAGUUGAACGGCAUUUGUCCCACUUCGGUGAGAUCAUUCAGACCAAAACCGUGCCAGGAGGUAAAGCGUAUGUGACUUUUGCGGAACAGCAAGCAGCGGAGAAUGCAGUAACAUACCUCAGCGGGUGUUUCAUUGGUGCGAAUCGAGUAGGCUUGGACCAUGCGGAUUGUCAGCCACUUGAGAACGGUGGAACUGGUUGUGAGGCACCAGCAAGUGACUGCGUCUACUACUGGCCGCAGACGGCUACGAAUAUGAGUUUGAAUGCUAAUGAGACCACUAGCUGUGCAGCCUCCAGCUUUGACACAAGCUGUGUAGGGCUUGGUGGAUCAUGUGGCUGGAAUAAUAGCGGUGCCAACAACUAUGUCGAGGCGAACCUGGGUUGGGGAGAAGCAGCGCUCUCCGUGGAUGCCCACCACACCUACAAUACUUCUCUGGUUGGCGACAUCUCCUGGCAGCCUGAUUCUCUACGAUACGUGCCGAAUGCUGCCUCCGGAGCAUGUGGUGCUGCUGCUCUGGUUCCAGGGCUUCUGGUAAACGGCCGUUUUAUUUCAUAUCCGCUGUCACAGGCGAGCACUGCCACCCAAAAAGACACUGAGAAGAGAGAACGCGAGCACGCCAAAAGGAAAGGGUUAAUCGCUGCGUCGGACGCUGAGUUGUCGGGUGGCCUCUUUCAUGACGUGGAUCCAGUCAUGGUCCCUGCGGACCUCCUGCCUGCGCCGAUGAUGGCGGAUAAGGCUAUUCUCACCCGGGGCACACUAGAACGACACACGUUCGUCAGUAAUAACCCUUCUUUCUCCUGCACUUUGAAACUCCGAGGUCCCAGUGAAGAUGACGGCUUCAUGGAACUCGUAGACGAGAUUGAAGGAUGCGAGGCAGUGAUUAAAAGCGACCACGAAAGACUGGUCGCGGCAAAGCAGAAAGCAAAUGCGAGGAUGCACGAGGAGGACCACGAAAUACUGUACGGUACAGCGUACUCCGGAACUCUACCCCUUUAAAUUCUGUGAAAACUGUUGUAUUUUGGUACAUUCUAUUUUAUAUAUAUAUAUAUAUAUAUACUUAUGAGAAGCCGAAUUCGUUCAGGAAAUACACCACCGCGAGGGGGGUCAAACCAGUUCAUUCUGCCGCGACUAAUGAAAGUGGAGAGUUUGUAGAGCUCGCAUUCACAACUGCCAUACCUUAUCUAUGUCAUUUUGACCUGUGCUAGCUGUCACGCCUUGCAUCUUUUUGUCAAGCACCACGUCCAAGAAGGGCAUCAGCGGGACACACAUAGUUUGUUGCUGCGUGGGGUCUUUUUCCUCCUCCGCUGUACACUGUUCGUUAGGAAAGACACACGACGCACUCCAACAUCCUCUUCUUAAGGAAGUGCAAAUUUCAGCAGAUACCAAGGGAGUGCCAGUCCUCGUAAAAAUAGACACACCCGAAGAGCAGCCAUUUAACUGUCGCUGCAACCUACUGCCGAGGUGUGCACAUCAACUAACGAGUGUUCAGACAAUGUAUGCAUCUUCGCGCCGUUUUUUUUCGUCUAUGCACUCACGUAUAACAGGGGGAACCGACGCUAUGGACAUCCGCAAGCUGUUGAUCUUGCCGUACGAAGGAUGUUCCACGUGGACUUGGUUUAUUUUCGACAGCAAAACAGCGGCGCCGGCGUCGUCAGACACCAUGGUACAGCCGAAGUGUUUGAAAUGCUAGAACACAGACUGACUUGGCAUGCAUACAAUUGAAUUCCCUAUACCUGGUUCCGGCUCUAGCCGGAUGGUGCGUGGUAAAACUGAGGGAGGUAUGUUUUCCUGUUGUUUGUAGUCUUUGCUAAUGGUUCCACAGAGAGCUUCCCCGUAGGCUUUAAGC